UCACGUGAUUGUUUUGCUGCUCUAUGGUGGUAAACAGUCCCAGUGUGUAAGACAACACAUUAUGCUCUUAUAAAACAUAACAAAUCCUGAUGAAAUUAUAAAAAACUAAUUAUCGACACGAGCAGUGAGAAUGUCAGAAAGAUCAGACGUGGAUUUAACCGGAGCCAAACAAAACACAGGCGUUUGGUUGGUUAAGGUACCGAAGUAUUUGUCUCAGCAAUGGGCCAAAGCAUCAGGAAGAGGAGAAGUGGGAAAGCUCAGAAUUGGGAAGAAUCAGGGGAAGGCUGAGGUGUCCUUCACGCUAAACGAAGAGCUGACAACGAUAGAGAGCAUGGGGGAGAAGGCGUCCAUGGUGCGAGCGCCUCGUGAACACCCGUUCACCCUGCAGACGGUCGGGGGACAGACCCUGGCUGUGUACACAGAGACAUUCUCAGGCCAGUCAGACGCUGAAGGCAGCGGUUCAGGUACUGGUACGAGUCCAGACAAAAUAGCGCUGGAGGGCGUGGUGGUGCAGCGAGCCGAGUGCAGACCAGGCGCCAACGAGCACUACAUGAGGUUAAAAAGGCUGCAGAUCGAGGAGUCGUCGAAGCCUCAUCGGUUCUCUCAGCAGCUGGAGAAAGCCGUCACCACUAACUACAAACCCGUGGCCAAUCACGCGUAUAACCUGGAUUAUGAGAAAAAGAAGAAGGAAGAAGGCAAAAGAGCACGAGCAGACAAGCAUCAGGUGUUGGACAUGCUCUUCUCUGCCUUUGAGAAGCAUCAGUAUUACAAUAUUAAAGACCUAGUGGACAUCACCAAACAGCCCGUGAUUUACCUGAAGGAGAUCCUGCGUGACAUCGGAAUCUACAACGUGAAGGGAACUCACAAGAACACCUGGGAGCUGAAGCCCGAGUACAGACAUUACCAGAACGAGGAGAAGAGCGACUGAGCAGCUCGUCUUACUCUCACACUCUGCUUCCGUUAUCUUGUAAAUCAUAGUUUGUCGCUGUAACGAGGUAGACCGGUUGUCAUGGAAACAUAUCCUGCCUCCUGAAUAGCGUAAAGAAAAAUCUAGCAGCACGUGCCUGGAUGCAGUUUUUAAGAAUUUUUACCACUUUUUAUCAGGAAUAAGUUUAUUUCAGUUAUUUUUGCAGAAUAAUUAACGGUGAUGUAAUGUUAGAGAGCAGCAUGUAGACAAAACCUGUGUUUAUGACUUUAGGAUCAGCUUUAAGGCUUGUACACACUGCUGAAGUAAAGGUUUAGUACAAAAAUUCAA